AUGACACUGAAGAGUAAGCAAUCACCGCUUAUUCUCGUCGAUCCAGAGUUAGAUAGGACUCUGAGAAACGUGAGGAGGCUUUUGCAAGGCACACCCGAGUUCUCUAUUGUAUAUUCGGAUUCCGAUCCGGAGGAAAUCUUUGCAACCAACGAAGAAGAUAACAUGGGUGAUAACAAUCCUCCUCCACCAUUGUUACGAGAUUAUGACCACCCCAAUGCCUUCACACUUCGGAGUGGCAUACGUUUCCCUACUACGAAUGCAAAUAAUUUUGAGCUUUCACCUCAACUCAUCCGGAUGAUACAAAGUGAUCAAUUUGGUGGGAGUUCUCAUGAGUGUCCUUUUGCUCAUUUGGACAACUUUCUCGAAUUGUGCACAACCAUCAAGCAAAACAACAUUACAGAAGAGUUCAUCCAUAUGCACAUGUUUCAAUUCUCCCUCCGUGACAAAGCAAAGCAUUGGUUGAGAACGGUAGAAGAGGGAUCAUUGACUACAUGGGAUGAAGUCACUAGAGCUUUCCUUGGAAACUUUUAUGAUGGUCUUACUCCUACUUCAAGGGCCAACCUUGAUAACGGUGCCGGUGGUAGCCUUAAAAAGCUAUCGGUGGAUGAUGCAUACAAGAUGAUUGAAGAAGUGGCAAAGCACUAUGCAUACGGAGGUGAUAGACGGAAACCUCAAGCAAAGAAGGGCGGAAUCCACGACCUUAGUGCAAUAGACCUUAUUGCAUCAAAGUUUGACAUGCUAGCUCACAAGCUAGAUCAAGCCACGCUUACAUCUCCAAGCUCUUCUUCACAACAAGUCAUGUCUUGUGAAACUUGUGGAGGAAAUGAUCACUUGUCCUCCUAUUGCAACUCAACUAACCAAGAGCAAGCUGCGGCUAUUGGGAAAAGAAACGAUCAAUACUCUCAACCCUACAAUAAAGGUUGGAAACCCCAACAAAACACGGGUUGGAAACAACAAAAUCAAGGCCCCCCUCAAAACCAAUACAACCAAUAUCAUCCACAAAACCAACAAGCUCCUUACCGUCACCCUAACCAAAGGGACCAAAACCAACAAAGGCAACAAUAUAACCAACCCGCUCCUCCACCUCCUCAAAAAUCUAGCCUUGAAGCCGCAUUUGAGACCUUCAUUACACAACAAGGAAGAAGCAAUGCGGAUAUGCAAGAGAACAUCCAACAACUUCAAGCACACAACAAGAUAAUUGAGAAUCAAUUGGCUCAAAUUGCGCAACAAGUUGGAAGUUCAUCCUCCAAUCCUAGUGGUCACUUCCCAAGAUCAACGGUUGUAAACCCAAAGGAGCAAGCUAAGGCCAUUACUUUGAGAUCGGGGAGAGGUUAUGUAGGGCCGGUUAUGAGUGAAGAGGAGCCACAAAAGAGAGAUGAGGGAGUUGUGGUGAGAAAUGAGGGUGAGUUUGAAAAUGAGAUAGUUGAUGUUGAGAGAAAGGAGCCACAAAGUAAGAAUGAAGGAGAUGAGGAAAAGGAUCUUUUAUCCAACAAGAGUAGGCUUGAAGAGAGUGCAACCAUCUCCCUUCCUAAGGAGGUGAGUGCAAUCAUUCAAAACAAGCUUCCUCAAAAGCUUGGUGACCCCGGUAGCUAUGCAAUAACGGUGAAGAUUGGAGACUUGGAGGCUAUGGAUACUUUAUGUGAUCUUGGGUCAAGUGUGAGUUUGAUGCCCUAUUCUAUUGCUAAGAGUUUGAAAGUGGGAGACUUGAAGCCAACAAGAAUGUCCUUACAAUUGGCCAACCACACGGUUAGGCUACCUUUGGGAAUUCUUGAAGAUGUGCUAGUUCAAGUUGGAAGAGUAUUUGUGCCAUGUGAUUUUGUGGUAAUGGAAAUGGAAGAAGAUACUACGGUGCCCCUAAUCUUGGGAAGACCAUUUUUGAACACCGCGGGUGUUGUGAUUGAUAUGAAGCAAGGAAGAUUGACCUUGAAUGUGGGAGAUGAGAAAAUAUCAUUUUCAUUCCCACAAACAUUGAAAAAUCCAUUGUAUGAUGAAGUUCAUAGAGUUGAUACAUUGGAAAGGGACUUAGAGAAGUUCCAAGAGAAUUUGUUUGAAGGAGAUCCUUUACAAGCUAUCCUAAUGGGAGGCUUAGUUGAGGAAGGUGAAGAAACAAGGGGGUAUGAUCUUUUGCUCAACCAACCUUUAGUCCACAACGAAAAGAAAGUGGAAGUGCUUAAUGUGGAGGUAAAAGAGGAGAGGACUACGCCUCCUCACAAGGUUGAACUUAAACCCCUUCCUCCUUUACUUAAAUAUGUUUUUCUUGAUGAUAGUGAGAGUUAUCCCGUUAUUGUCAAUGCUAAACUUGAUAAUACCUCUCUUGUGAAACUCCUAGUUGUUUAA